AUGGAGUUGUAUGAGGACCUUCCAUACGAGGAAGUUUUCACAAUUGAAAUCUCAUCUUGGCAACAUUACUUUGAUGGGGCAGCAAAGAAGUGUGGGGUAGGUGCUGGCAUUGUCUUUGUGACACCUUCUGGAGGACUAAUACCUUACUCUUUUCACAUUGUGGCUAUAUGUACCAAUAAUGUAGCAGAAUAUGAAGUGUUAAUAACCGGUCUUGAAAUUGCACUUGAAAUGCAAAUACAAUCACUGGAGGUAUAUGGCAGUUCUCUUCUGAUUAUCAAACAAAUUAAUGGUGAAUUUGCAGUCAAGCAUAAGGCUUUAAUUCCUUAUCAUGAGAAGGCUAACUAUUUUAUUGCCCAAUACCAAACUAUCACGUUAAAUCAUGUCGCACGGUCAAAAAAUGGCAAGGCUAAUGCUUUAGCUAAAUUAGCCGCAUCACUAACGCUUCAUGGUGAACGGGAUAUUCAAAUUACAAUAGGAGAAUGCCAUUUGUUACCCCAAAUUAUUGAGAGGGCAGAAGAAAUAAGUAUCACAAAUUUGGUAACUUUCCUUGAAAAUACAAAGGACAAUGACUGGCGCCAACCGAUUAUUAACUAUAUCCAAAAAGGAGUCUGGCCAGAAGACUUGAAAAUAAGAGUGGAGGUAAAAAGAAGAUCUCUUCAAUUUGUUUUCCUCAAUGACACAUUGUAUAAGCAUUCUUUUGAUGGGAUGUUGCUAAGAUGUCUUUCAAAAGAAGAGGCGUCACAUGUUCUUCAAGAAACUCAUGCUAGUAUAUGUGGUGCGCACCAAGCCGGCCCCAAAUUGUCAGCUCAAUUGAAACGGUUGGGUUACUAUUGGCCUACUAUGCUCCAAGAUGUGAUUAAUUUCACCAAAUGUUGCAAGUUGUGUCAACUACAUGGAGAUUUUAUCCAUCAACCCCAUCAACCACUUCAUCCUUCAAUAUUGUCAUGGCCUUUUGAAACAUGGGGAAUGGAUGUCAUUGGUCCUUUCACGCCACCAUCUUCCAAAAUCCAUAAAUACAUCCUAGCUGUUACAGAUUACUUCUCCAAGUGGGCUGAAGUUGUACCUUUAAAAGAAAAGACGACAAUCAAGAACAAAAGGGAUUGGCAUGAAACUCUCCCAGAAGCUUUAUGGGCUUACAGGACCAUUGUAAGAACUGCAACUGGUUGUACACCUUAUAGCUUGGUGUUUGGGUCUGAAGUAGUGUUACCCUUGGAGGUUCAAAUACCUUCAUUAAGAAUCAAUACUCAAUUAAUGACUCCAAAUGAUAAUGUGCAAGUUCGUUUAGCUGAGCUCGAGGCAUUAGAUGAAAAACAACUUGUUGGCCAACAAAAGCUCGAAAUAUACCAGGCACAAGUAGCUGAGCCAUUCAACAAGAAAGUCAAAUUCAUAUGCUUUUCAGUUGGCGAUUUGGUACUGGCUGUAAAAAGAUCAGUUGUUAUAACUAGAAGGAUGAAAGGAAAAUUUGAAGCUAAAUGGGAAGGGCCAUAUGUUGUUACUAAGGUCUUCUUAAGAGGGGCAUAUGUACUUUCUGAUUCAGAAGGUCGACGCAUCUACCCAUGUGCAAACAGAAAGUUCAUCAAGAAGUUCUACACGUAA